AUGUCCAGCCUCCAGGCGCUGUGCUCCGGCCUGCCCUUGCGGCCUCUCCCAGAGAACCGGGGACGCCGGGCCGGGCUGCCCCACGCCCCGGUCAGGACCCCCGGCCUCAGCCCCGCUGAGGAGCAGCUGGCGCUGAGGAAUGCCCUUCGGUACUUCCCCCCGGACACCCAGGAGCUGCUGGCCCCCGAGUUCACCCAGGAGCUGCGACUGUAUGGGCACAUCUACAUGUACCGCUUCUGCCCCGACAUUGAAAUGAAGGCCUACCCAGUGGAGCAGUACCCCUGCCGGACGAGAGCGGCUGCAGCUAUCAUGCACAUGAUCAUGAACAACCUGGACCCUGCCGUGGCCCAGUUUCCCCAGGAGCUCGUGACCUACGGAGGAAACGGGCAGGUGUUCAGCAACUGGGCUCAGUUCUGGCUGACCAUGUCCUACUUGUCCCAGAUGACAGAGGAGCAGACGCUGGUCAUGUAUAGCGGACACCCCCUGGGCCUCUUCCCCAGCAGCCCCGGGGCCCCGAGGCUGGUCAUCACCAACGGGAUGGUCAUUCCCAACUACUCCUCCAGGGUGGAGUACGAGAAGCUCUUUGCCAUGGGGGUUACCAUGUACGGCCAGAUGACAGCGGGCAGUUACUGCUACAUUGGUCCCCAGGGCAUCGUCCACGGCACAGUGCUCACCGUGCUGAAUGCCGGGCGGCGGUACCUGGGCGUCCAGGACCUGGCCGGGAAGGUCUUUGUCACCUCCGGGCUCGGCGGAAUGAGUGGGGCUCAGGCCAAAGCCGCCGUCAUCGUGGGCUGCGUCGGCGUGAUUGCAGAGGUGGAUGGGGCGGCCCUCAUGAAACGCCACAAGCAAGGCUGGCUGAUGGAAGUGACCGACAGCUUGGACCGCUGCAUUGAAAGACUCAGGGAAGCGAGGAAGAGGAAGGAGGCCCUCAGCCUUGGUUACCAUGGCAACGUGGUGGAUCUUUGGGAGCGCCUGGUCCGUGAACUGGACACGACGGGGGAGCUUUUGGUGGACCUGGGGUCAGACCAGACGUCCUGCCACAACCCGUUCAACGGUGGCUACUACCCCGUGCAGCUGGGCUUCGCAGAGGCCCAGAGCCUCAUGGCCUCCGACCCUGCUGCCUUCAAAGCCCUGGUCCAGGAAAGCCUGAGGAGGCACGUCUCGGCCAUCAACAGGCUGGCCCAGGAGAACUUCUUCUUUUGGGACUAUGGCAACGCCUUCCUCCUGGAGGCCCAGAGAGCAGGGGCUGACGUGGGGAAGGCGGGCGCCAACAGGACGGAGUUCCGCUACCCCUCGUACGUCCAGCACAUUAUGGGGGACAUAUUCUCCCAGGGCUUUGGGCCUUUCCGCUGGGUGUGCACGUCCGGGGACCCGCAGGACCUGGCGGUCACGGAUCAGCUGGCCACGUCAGUGCUGGAGGAGGUCAUUGCUGGUGGAGUGAAUCCGGCUGUGGAGCAGCAGUACAUGGACAACAUCCGCUGGAUCCGGGAGGCCUCCCAGCACCGGCUGGUGGUGGGCUCCCAGGCCAGGAUCCUGUACUCGGACCAGAAGGGCCGUGUGGCCAUCGCCGUGGCCUUCAACCAAGCCAUCGCCCGUGGGAAGAUCAAGGCACCGGUGGUCCUGAGCCGAGACCACCACGACGUAAGCGGCACAGACAGCCCGUUUAGGGAGACCUCCAACAUCCGUGACGGCUCUGCCUUCUGUGCGGACAUGGCCGUGCAGAACUUCGUGGGAGAUGCGUUCCGGGGAGCCACCUGGGUUGCCCUGCACAACGGCGGGGGUGUCGGCUGGGGUGAGGUGAUCAACGGGGGAUUUGGCCUUGUGCUGGACGGGACCCAGGAGGCUGAGCAGAAGGCCAAGAUGAUGCUCAGCUGGGACGUCUCCAACGGAGUGGCCCGCCGCUGCUGGUCCGGGAACCCGAAGGCCUACGAGAUCAUCUGCCGGACGAUGCAGGAGGACAGGGGCUUGGUGGUGACGCUGCCCCAUGAGGUGGCGGAUGAGCGUGUGCUCCAGCGGGCCCUGCGGCUGUGAGCGGGACCGAGAGCCCUGUGGUCCCCUCACCACCUCGGCCCCGCCCUCGCCUCACAGCCCGCCGGCUCCCUCCGCUACUCUCCGUGCUCUCCUGGGUCAGGAGCUGUGCUCACGCCCUCUUGGGGCUCACCACCCGGAGGGAGUGUCACUGCGCCCCCAGCUUACAGCUGAGGCCAGGAGGCGGGGACCUCUGCUGUCCCCACGCGGCUCCCUGGGGACCGGGAAGGCAGUGGGGGUCUUCUUCACGGCUGGGUGCUCAGGCCUGGCGCCGAGUGGGCUCGGGGGGCUGGUGCCGUGAAAAGUGGCCGAGUGGGGCACUGACCAGUCCUUGGGGCCGCCUGCUGUCCCUCCUCCCGCCAAGGGCCAGGUGCUCCUUUGGCCAGGCUCUCGCCCAUCGCCCCGCCUUCCCCCGACCGACCGGCCGACUGGUGUG